AUGGAGAACUCACACACAAAAGUACCGGCAGAAUGCCUGACUUACUUUGGAGUGAAUGAAAACACCGGUCUCACUCCCGACCAGUUCAAGAAGAACCUGGACAAGUAUGGCUUCAAUGAGCUGCCCGCUGAGGAGGGUAAGAGCAUCUGGGAGCUGAUUGUUGAGCAGUUCGAGGACUUGCUUGUCAGGAUCCUGCUUCUGGCUGCCUGCAUUUCUUUUGUGCUGGCCUGGUUCGAGGAAGGUGAAGAGACCGUCACCGCCUUCGUGGAGCCCUUCGUCAUCCUUCUUAUCCUCAUCGCUAAUGCCGUUGUUGGAGUGUGGCAGGAGCGUAACGCUGAAGAUGCCAUCGAGGCUCUCAAGGAGUACGAGCCUGAGAUGGGCAAGGUUUACCGUUCCGACAGAAAGAGUGUGCAGAUGAUCAAGGCCAGAGAAAUCGUCCCCGGUGACAUCGUUGAGGUGUCUGUUGGUGACAAAGUCCCUGCUGACAUCAGGCUUGUUAGCAUCAAGUCCACCACCCUGCGUGUUGACCAGUCCAUCCUUACCGGUGAGUCUGUCAGUGUGAUCAAGCACACUGAGGCUGUUCCCGACCCAAGAGCUGUCAACCAGGACAAGAAGAACAUGCUUUUCUCUGGCACUAACAUCGCUGCUGGCAAAGCCAUCGGUGUUGCUGUCGCCACUGGCGUCGCCACUGAGAUCGGUAAGAUCCGUGACCAGAUGGCCGCCACCGAGCAGGAGAAGACCCCUCUGCAGGCCAAGCUGGACGAGUUCGGCGAGCAGCUGUCCAAGGUUAUCUCCCUGAUCUGUGUUGCUGUCUGGGCUAUCAACAUCGGCCACUUCAACGACCCCGUCCAUGGAGGCUCAUGGAUCCGUGGUGCCGUCUACUACUUCAAGAUCGCCGUCGCUCUGGCUGUGGCCGCCAUCCCCGAGGGUCUGCCCGCUGUCAUCACCACCUGCCUGGCCCUUGGUACCCGCCGUAUGGCAAAGAAGAACGCCAUUGUCAGAUCCCUGCCCUCUGUGGAGACCCUGGGCUGCACCUCUGUCAUCUGCUCCGACAAGACCGGCACCCUCACCACCAACCAGAUGUGUGUGACCAAGAUGUUCAUCAUCAAGAGCGCUGAGGGCGAGCACGUGAGCCUUGAUGCCUUCGAUAUCUCCGGCUCCAAGUACACCCCUGAGGGCGAAGUUUCCCAGGGAGGUUCCAAGACCAACUGCAGCCAAUACGACGGACUUGUUGAGCUGGCCACCAUCUGCGCCCUGUGCAACGACUCCUCCCUGGACUACAAUGAGGCUAAGAAGAUCUAUGAGAAGGUUGGUGAGGCCACUGAGACCGCUCUGUCCUGCCUGGUUGAGAAGAUGAACGUGUUCAACAGCAACGUGAAGAGCCUGUCCAGGAUCGAGAGAGCCAACGCCUGCUGCUCCGUGAUCAAGCAGCUCAUGAAGAAGAACGUCACUCUUGAGUUCUCCCGUGACAGGAAGUCCAUGUCCGUGUACUGCACUCCCACCAAGGGCGAUGGUGGCGCCAAGAUGUUCGUGAAGGCAAAUUCACCACAAUACAAAAUAAUCAUCCUGUUUUCUCCGCAGGGCGCCCCCGAGGGUGUGAUUGACAGGUGCGCAUACGUUCGUGUUGGCACCAACCGCGUGCCCCUGACCAACGCCAUCAAGGAGAAGAUCAUGGCUGUGAUCAGAGACUGGGGUACCGGCCGUGACACCCUGCGUUGCCUGGCCCUGGCCACCCGUGACACCCCACUGAAGAUGGACGAGAUGAACCUUGAGGACUCCACCAAGUUCGCCGACUACGAGACUGACCUGACCUUCGUUGGCUGCGUGGGUAUGCUGGAUCCCCCCCGUAAGGAGGUCACUGGCUCCAUUGAGCUGUGCAGAGCUGCUGGAAUCCGUGUCAUCAUGAUCACUGGUGACAACAAGGGAACCGCUAUUGCUAUCUGCCGUCGUAUUGGCAUCUUCACCGAGGAGCAGGAUGUUGAUGGCAAGGCCUACACCGGACGUGAGUUUGACGAUCUGCCCCUUCAUGAGCAGGGAGAGGCUGUGCGCAGAGCUUGCUGCUUCGCCCGUGUGGAGCCAUCCCACAAGUCCAAGAUCGUGGAGUACCUGCAGGGUUAUGAUGACAUUACUGCUAUGACUGGUGAUGGUGUGAACGAUGCCCCUGCCCUGAAGAAGGCCGAGAUCGGCAUCGCCAUGGGCUCUGGCACUGCCGUUGCCAAGUCUGCCUCUGAGAUGGUCCUCGCUGACGACAACUUCUCUUCCAUUGUGGCUGCUGUUGAGGAGGGCAGAGCUAUCUACAACAACAUGAAGCAGUUCAUCCGCUACCUCAUCUCCUCCAACGUUGGUGAGGUCGUCUGUAUCUUCCUGACCGCUGCUCUGGGUCUCCCCGAGGCUCUGAUCCCCGUCCAGCUGCUGUGGGUCAACCUGGUUACUGACGGUCUGCCCGCCACUGCUCUUGGCUUCAACCCCCCAGAUCUGGACAUCAUGGGCAAGCCCCCACGUUCCCCCAAGGAGCCCCUGAUCUCCGGCUGGCUGUUCUUCAGAUACAUGGCUAUUGGUGGAUACGUCGGUUGCGCCACUGUUGCCGGUGCUGCCUACUGGUUCAUGUAUGACGUCGAAGGCCCAGGUGUCACCUACUACCAGCUGUCCCACUUCAUGCAGUGCCACGAUGAGAACGAGGACUUCGCCGGCCUGGAUUGUGAGAUCUUUGAGGCUUGCCCUCCCAUGACCAUGGCCCUGUCCGUGCUGGUCACCAUUGAGAUGUGCAACGCUCUCAACAGCUUGUCUGAGAACCAGUCUCUGCUGCGCAUGCCCCCAUGGAGCAACUUCUGGCUGCUGUCCGCCAUGACUCUCUCCAUGUCCCUUCACUUCAUGAUCAUCUAUGUUGACCCUCUGCCCAUGGUCUUCAAGCUGACCCACUUGAACGUCGAUGAAUGGAUGAUGGUCCUGAAGCUUUCCUUCCCCGUCAUCCUCAUUGAUGAGGUGCUGAAGUUUGUCGCCCGCAACUACGUUGAGUGUAAGUAA